UUGAUACAUGUUAGUUGUUUGUUUUUCUACGUUUAGUAUUAUUUUGUUUUUAAAAACAAUCUGCAUGAAGGCACAUUAUGUCGAAUCAAGAAAUAAGUUUAAAGUGGAAUGGCUAUCAGAACAAUAUAUUAUACAAUGUGAAGGAAUUAUUUAAAGACGAGGGCUUAUCGGACGUCACUCUAGUUUCAGAUGGGUAUAGCUUUAAAGCUCAUAAAGUUAUUCUUUCUGCGAACAGUACAGUAUUUAGAACUAUCUUUCAGCAAAACCCCCACAAGGAUCCAAUUAUAGUGCUUCAUGACAUCAACACGAACUCUUUACGGACUCUUCUAACGUUUAUGUAUAAUGGAGAAGUAAAUGUUACCGAAGAAUUUCUGCCAGUUCUCUUAAAAACUGCUGAGACUUUAAGGAUCUGUGGAUUGUCUACAGGAAGCGAAACUAGUCGUGAAGAAGAUAAUCCGAAAAAAGAAGAGAAGUCUACAACAAGUAUACAAACAAACACAAAAAAACGUAAAAAGAGUGAACAUGAAGAUAAUAAUAAUAAAGUAAAGAAACCUAUGCAAGUUAAAAAGUCAGAAACAAUAAGUAAUGUAUCUAAUUCCGACAGUAUUAAAGCUCAUAAUAUAACACCCAAAAUAGAACCCAUUGAUUCCCCACUGACCGAUUACUCCGGCGAUAACACAAAUGACACAGACAUUGCAGUACUUGAUGAUAAUAUAGAGAAGAAAUACUCAGUCACCUCCGAUACCCCUUCUAAUAAGUUACUUACAUCUAAUGAGACUACAAAAAAAUGGAUAAAUGAAGUGAGCAGCACUCAGCCAUGUUUAAAUACAAGUUUGGAAAAGGACAAAGAUGAAAAGGAAAUUGAAAUAGAUAAAGAAGUUGAGACGGUACUGCAGAGUGGAACAAUAGUGGAGUCUUUGAGUAUAGCCACAGAGAACAUGGGUUUUGUUAGCAAUGAACUUAAUGAUAAGGAUAAAUCUGGUAUAACAUAUGCAAAUCCAUCAUUCCCGUGUCCAUUUUGUCCCCGAGUGUACAACAGCUGGGGAUAUAGACGCAGACAUGUUAAGUCACGGCAUAUGACCAACAGAUUAUCCUGCAAAUGGUGCGUAUCAGUGUUGCCAUCCACAGGUGCUUGGUACUCCCACGCGACCAAAACGCACGGUGUUCCCCACGAAGAAGCGAGGAAUUCCCUUGUAGUGAUGGUGGAAGCUCACGCUGUACUGACCCUCAACGAGCCCAGCGUAGCACAACUACUGGGACAAGUCGGCAUGGACGCUAACGGAAGUGUGAGUGAGAAGACUAAUUAGUUAUUUACUUGAUACAUUUUUAAGAAUAGAAAAAUUAGAUUAGGCAGGUGUUUUUGCCCCUCAUUAUUGUAUUCUAUUCUAUAAAAUGUAUGCUUAACCAUUUGAAAACUUGCCGAUGAAUUGAUUUUGUUUAUGCAAGUUUCUUAAUGUUAAAGAUUAUCUAUUAUAAGUAGAAAUGUGUAGGCAAGUGGAAUUCUGGCCAAUUUUCUAGAAUUUACUUUAGUUGUCUCUUUUUCGCUCACAAUAAUUGAAUCAUGCCAUCUCACUAUGACGUCUAAUCGUGUGUGCGUUAGUGUACCGUUUUUGAUGAUUGAAUGUUGUAUUGCUAAACUAUCUACACCUUUGUUCUUAUAAUAUUAUUGUUCUCAAUGAAAUGAUAUUUGUGUGUAACAGUUUGAUCUUGAGUCUCUUGAAAAUUUUUAAUAUAUGUGCCAGUAACUUUAUGUGUAGGAAGGGGUAUUUUUUAGGGAUGAUAGUGAAUGUAAUAAGUUUUGAAGAUCAGAAUUUUAUGGACUUUAGGUUGGAUGAAUUUUAUAUUAUGUACUAAAAUAUCUUCGUAGAUAUGAAUGGUGUAGUAUACGCGCGUUGCGAUUCCAUUUUUUUCUAUACGUCGGAUUUUGUAAACAUCAAUAUUUUUUUACAUAUCUAAUAUUGGAGUAAAAGUAAAAUAUAUAAAAUAAUAUAUUUAAGAAUAUGAAGAAAUAGGAGUAUCUAUAAGGAUUUCUAAAAAUUAUAAUUCUUCCGUCUUUCCUAUAUUUAUAGAAUAUAUUAUAGUGACUUUUGAAAAUUAUUAUGGUAUAUUAUUAAUAUAUAUUUAUAAAAUUCGACGCAUAAAGAAAAGCUUUCUUGUACUAUGUUAUCUGCGUCAUAAUAUUUGUCUGUAGGCGUUAUAAAUAUGGUGACGUCAUUGUCUUGGUUUUUGUACACUGAUAUACAUUUGUAUGUUUUGGAUGAAUAUUUACAUGUGUGGAAAGCAAUAAUCUUCACUUAAAUUACUAUUUAUUUAUAAUAUAUACUCAUAAUGGGAUUUGAUAUAUGUUUAUAUGAGAUUGGUAAAUUAAUAUUAGUGAGAUAAGUCUGGUCGUUUUAUAAAAUGUUUUUAUAAUUUAAAGUAAUGUUUCACCUUUUUGGUUAAUACUUAUAACCUUGUUUAAUAAUUUAGAAUUGUCAUUUUGACAAAAGUUGCCAUAAUAAAAUAAUAAUACUUUUUUGUGGUCAGUUGCAUUAUUAAUUUACAUUUUAAAAGUAAAUAUUUUAAGUUUGUUCUAAUUUGUAUUUUUAAUUUUGAUCUCACAUAACGCAAGUCAGAGUCUAGAUUAAGAAUCUUAUGAUUAGAUAAGUAAUAUCUAUAAAAUAUAUUAAAUUUACCUCAAUGCAUUGUUCACAUUUGUGGUUUGUGUGCUUAUUAUUAAAUUAAGGAUCAAUUCUAUUCCGAACGAUAUAUAAUUAAUACGAAUUACCUAUUUUUAGGUAUUAAUACUCUAAUGUUUAUAAAAAUAAGAGGAAAAAAUCCUUCCUUGAAUUAUAUUAUUGUAAUCACAGAACUAUAUUAUAGUUCUGUGAUUGUAAUGGUUAGGCUGACAGUCAUCAAUGUACUUUUUAAAUGUUUUAAAUACUGUGUAUUUUAAAAUCAGUUUAUGUCGAUCAUAUUCAUGAAGGAAUUUUUGGAUAUGUAUAAGAUUAUUUUUGAGAAUUAGUAUCUCACAUUUAAAGGAAUUUUUGUUCAUAUCUACAGUAUUCUAUAUGAUAAUAUUUGCAAAUGCAUAUAUGAAUAAUGAAUAUCAUUAAACAUAAUAUCUUCUGAAACGACUGUGUGGAUAGAGCUUAAGAUUUGGAAAAUAUUUUUGUAACGCUUUUGUAUUGUAUUCGACUAGUCUUAAGUCAAUUAUGAAGCAAUAAUGUUAAGGGUGUGACUAUCAAUUACAUAAAUAUUGUGUAACAAAAAUAUCUUAUGUACCCUUUCAUAUAUUUUUUAUCUUUACAAAAACGAAGCGCUAAUGCUCAAUGCAAACUAUUUUAUUAUAUUGUGGGAAACAAUGUAUUAAAGUUCCAUGUUUUAUGGAGUUAAUAAUAUGCAAAAAUUUAAUUUUAUUGAGCGAUGUUUUGACAAAAUUCGUUCGUUUUCCAUAAUAUUGUAUUUUGUAUUACGCUAUUUGGCAAUAUAACCAAGACAAUACAUAAGCAGCAUGUUGCAGUAUGCCAUUAAGAUAAGGUAACUAUUGUGUUAUAGUUUUCAUGACUAAUAAUAUUUGAAUUAUUAUAAUCCCUAAACACUAAACAGGAAAACAUUCGUUCCAAACGAAUUAGGGUCAAUUAAUAAAAACAACAAUUUGUAACAUAUAUUAUUACUUUAUUACAUUUGAAAUAAAUAUGUAAAAUCACACCGCUAUAUAUUUUGAAUAACAUAUCAAAUUGUUGUACAAAUGAGCUUAACGCGUACGUAAAUUAAUAAGAAAUUGCCUUUGAAAAUAUUUUUAAACAAAAUAAUAAAUAAGGUUAAUAAAUUUGGAUACAGUAUUUAGAAUUAUACAACCCCAAAAAGCCUAGCGUUUUAUAACAUGACAAUGUACUCAUUUAUUUAUAUUUAAGGAACAAUUAACUAAAGGGACGA